AUGGGUUCCAAGGCAUUUUUGUUUCUUGGCAUAUUUUUGGUUAUUUUUGCAAUAAUAAGCUCAGAGGUUGUAGCUAGGGAGUGGGCUGAGACCUCAAUGAAAUCGGAUGAUGUACACGAUGAUGGAUAUAAUGACAUUGACGAAUAUCACGGAGAUGAAUAUGAUGAAUAUAACAAUGGAUAUAAAUUUUCUGGUGACGGAUAUUAUCCUCCACGUGGUGGAUAUAAAUCCCCAGGUAGUGAAUAUAAACCCUCACAUGACGAUUAUAACAACAGAUAUAAAUCUCUUGGUGGUGAAUAUAACAAUGGACAUAAGCCUCCAAGUGAUAGAAAUAAACCCCCACAUAGUGGAUACAACCCAUCAAAUGGUGAAUACAAUCCCCUGCAUGAAAAAUAUAAACCUCGGUGUGGUGAAUAUAACCCUCCAAGUAGUGAAUAUAAACCCCCAAAUGACAAAUAUGAAUCCUCUAGUGAUGAGUAUAAACCUCCAGGUGCACAUGACAAAUAUAAACUUCCUAGUGAUGAAUACAAACCUCCAGGUGACAAAUAUAACCCUCCACAUGACAAAUAUAAACCCCCACAUGACAAAUAUAAAUCAUCUAGUGACAAAUGUAGCCCCCCACAUGACAAAUGUAGUGGAUACAACCCAUCAAAUGGUGAAUACAAUCCCCUGCAUGAAAAAUAUAAACCUCGGUGUGGUGAAUAUAACCCUCCAAGUAGUGAAUAUAAACCCCCAAAUGACAAAUAUGAAUCCUCUAGUGAUGAGUAUAAACCUCCAGGUGCACAUGACAAAUAUAAACCUCCUAGUGAUGAAUACAAACCUCCAGGUGACAAAUGUAGCCCCCUUCAUGACAAAUAUAAACCUCCUAGAGAUGAAUACAAACCUCCAGGUGACAAAUAUAACCCUCCACAUGACAAAUAUAAACCUCCUAGUGACGAAUACAAACCCCCUAGUGAUGAAUACAAAUCUCCAGGCGACAAAUAUAACCCCCCACAUGACAAAUAUAAAUCUCCUAGUGAUGAAUACAAACCUCCAGGUGACAAAUAUAAACCUUCUAGUGACGAAUACAAAUCUCCAGGUGACAAACAUAACCCCCAAUAUGAAAAAUAUAAACCCCUUAGUGAUGAAUACAAACCUCUAGGUGAUAAAUAUAAACCUCCUAGUGACGAAUACAAACCUCCAGGUGGAAAAUAUAACCCUCCACAUUGCAAAUAUAAACCCCCUAGUGAUGGAUACAACCCUUCAGGUGAAGGCCAUGAAUAA